AUGGCACCCAAGAAAGCAAGAGAGCAAGCUACAAGACACGUCAAUGCCACGAAGCAGACACUUCCACCAGACGUAAUUGCAAAACGGACGAAGCGACAUCUCGAAGAGCUCGAGCGUUCCAAUUAUACAGAGCCUUCAAUCACCCUCGACGAUGAAAACGAGGGAGCAAUAACCGGCAAGAAUCGUGUUCGCCAGAUCGUUUCGGACAAACGCCAUUUGAACGACCCCAAUGCCAAGAAGAAGAAAUCGUCCACAAAAGUUCGAACUGCGCUGCUAUACCGCAAGAAUUUUGCUACCCUAAUUGAGGAAUCACGCAUAGCAAAUCUUCCCUCCCACGUUCCAACAUAUUUAACAGCCGCUGCUCCUCCCCCUCAAUUGCCCCCACGUCUUUUAUGCUCCGUGUGCGGAUACAGGGGCGCAUACAAAUGCAAAAAGUGCGCCAUGCCAUACUGCGACAUGAACUGCGAGAGCGUCCACACUGAAACACGCUGCGAACGUCGCGCCAUCUGA